UAUGGAAAGACCUUUAAAUUUCCACGUGACCUGACACAUUCCUUUAAUUUUAAUCAUGGCGUCGUUUAAAAAAACAAAUGUUAAAGUUUUUGCUAAAAUUGCACCAGAUCUUACACCAGAUAGCAUUUAUUGGAAAAAAUUUUCACCGCCAGUAUUAGUCAAAGAAUUCGGUGCGAUAGAUUACGUGGAUUUUUCACGAGCUGAGCCACAAAAUUUUGCUGUUACUUGUUCAGUAAGAGUCCAAGUUUACAAUACAGUAACAAAACUUGUUACUAAAAAUUUGACAAAAUUUAAAGAGUUCGCUUACGGAGGGUCAUUUCGUGCUGAUGGAAAACUUAUUUGUGCUGGCGGACAAGAAUCUGUCGUACGUCUUUUUGACGUGUCGACUAAAAGUUUAUUGCGUUUAUUUACUGGUCACCAAGCUCCGGUACACAGGACAUUUUUCACAGUCGAUGGACGUCACAUAACGUCAUUUUCUGAUGAUAAAAGUGCUGCGGUAUGGGACAUACCUGGAGAAACACAAUUGAUGAAAUUUGAAGAGCAUACUGAUUAUGUUAGAGCGGGAACAGUGAGUCCUAUUUCACCAGAUAUAUUUUUAUCUGGUAGUUAUGAUAAAACUGUUAAAAUGUAUGAUACUAGAACAAACAAAAGUGUAUUUACUGUUAAUCACGGUGCACCAGUUGAGAGUAUUAUAUUUUUACCAUCUGGAGGAAUAUUUAUUUCAGCAGGUGGGACAGAAAUGAAAGUAUGGGAUGCGCUAGCUGGUGGUAAAUUAUUAGCAAGAGUAUCUCAACAUCAUAAAACUAUAACUUGUCUUGCAAUGGCGUCAAAUGGUCACAAAAUACUAUCAGGAUCUUUAGAUAGACAUGUUAAUAUUUAUGACGUAGGUACUUAUAAAGCCAUUCAUACAUUUGAUUAUCCGAAUUCAGUCCUAAGUCUUGGAAUCAGUGCUAAUGAUGAAACAAUAGUGGCUGGAAUGGUUGACGGUUUAAUAUCAAUAAGAAGAAGAGAACAUGACGAUAAAAUAGAAGAUGAAAAACGUACAAAAAUAUCUCACAGAAGACGCGGAUUAAAUUUACACUCGUCAUCAAUUGAUGUCGUUGUUCCUCAUGAAAAUAAAGAAAUGAUGAGCAAACAUGAUACUUUUCUCAGAAAGUUUCAGUAUUCAAAAGCACUGGACUGUGUUAUGGUGAAUUUUGUUGUUAAUAAAAAUCCACAUGUCACAGUAGCUCUUCUUCAGGAGCUUACACGUCGUCAAGGUCUACCACAAGCUCUGGCAGCGAGAGAUGGAAAGUCUCUAGUUAAUAUUUUAAAAUUUAUUAUCAGGCACAUCGGAAGCCCAAGAUUUUCACGUGUGUUACUUCAUGUUACACAUAUUUUAAUGGAUUUAUAUGAAGAUACUAUUGAUGAACUUAGUCCAGAAUCAAGAACAAUGUUCGCGCUGUUACAUCAAAAGCUUAAUGAAGAAGAAGACUUGAUAACAUCAAUGACAGAAUUACAAGGCGCUCUAUAUAUGAUACUUUCAGGCGCUGAAUCAACGCAAUCGACGUCUAUCAAAGAGCCUCAGAUUUUGGAGCCCUCUAGCGCAGCUCAGAAAAAUUUGAUACACAAUAUAUCCUGAUAAUUACUUAAUAAAUAAUUUUUUGUAAAUAAAUAUUUA